CAACAAACCAUCUCACGUCGUUUUUUCUUGCUUUUUCUUUCUGGUCAAUUGGCAAAAUCGAUCAUUGCAUGGCAAUUGAUGUAGCAUUUUAUCCUUCUUAAUUUCCCUUGUCUUCAAAGUUUCUUUCUUAUCUCCAUCUCAAUCGGGUGUCGUCGACCACCCAUCCAUAUUGACUGGACUACCUACAAACCCCAACUUUGCACCACAGCGAUAGCUACUACUCCACUUGCCAUAAUAAAGUCAAAAAAAAAAAAAAAAAAAGAAGAAGCCAUGGUCUCCAGCUCAACACCCACACGGGCAAAGCGAGCACGCCAGGAGCCGGAGAAUAACGAAUCGCCACUGGCAGCAUCCAUCAAGCGACGACGCCUCAAUAUCGCUGCCCCACCGUCACCCUCAACGCCCAACGCGUUGGAUGCCGUCAGCUCCGCAAUAUCGGGCGCUCUAGGCAAAGCUCGCCGUUCGUCCGCCCGUCGCGUCGUCAACGCUCUGGGUGCAGGGCUGAAGAAGCCGGCGACGGCCGUUGCAGGAUCUGGAGAGGUUCCGGACUCGGAGGACGAUCAGCCGGGGACCCCGUCUGCCAGGAAGAAGGCUGUCGGAAGUGCCAAGCCUUCGGCACAGUCUGUCAAGGUGGUCAGUAGUAGCAUCUACGACUUUCCCGACUCUGAUGAUGAGAUGAGUUCGACGACGGGUGGGGGGAGCUUGGAGGAGAGUCGCCCCAAGGAAACCAAGGCACCACGGAAGAAUUCAGUUGCCGCGAAGCUCUUGUCGUCUUCAUCAAAGGCGGCUCGCUCCAAAGGCCAAGCAGAAGGCACAUCUGGCACUACGGACGAGUCUGUGAUUAGGAGACGUCCUGGCGUCAAGAGCAGGCAGGCUCCGACUACCUCUAGCAACACGCCUCAGUUGAGGGGUAUUUUGACACCCUCAAAGAGAAGCGAGAAGCGUGCACCUAAAAGUGUUGCCUUUGACGGUGAGGUGAAGGAAGGCCGUGGUCGGGCUGAAGAUAUUCACUUUGACGAUCUGCCUGGGAAGUCGUCACAUAGUGCGUCCAAAACCAAUGGGCUCAGGGUUCCUAGUCUGGGGCAGAGCAACAAAACAAGCAGCAAAACAGAAGUCAAGGGACAGGAGGUUCAGGCUGAUGAUGAUGCGGAUAAUGAUGAUGAGACUGUCACGGACGAAGAGGUAUGCGUGAUCUGCUCCCUACCACAAUCCGAACCACCAAACGAAAUUCUCUUUUGCGACAAUUGCGACAAGGGGUACCAUCAAGAGUGUUACAGUGUUCCUAUUAUUCCCAAGGGCGACUGGCUGUGUCGGGAUUGUUCUGGAGAAUCCUCAGAGACGACAACUACACACCAAGCGGCUCAAACAAAGGGUGCCAAGAAACCAACCAGCAUCACCGCCAAAAGAGAUCCGGUUCCAGACAUACCGAAUUUUGAGGAACAUCUAUGUGCUAUGCAGCGUUUGUUACUUGACCGCUGUACGGGGAAGAGACAAAUAAAGCUCCGUGGGCAGGAGGAGGCGUACGAUAAAGCGUUGCGUCUUGUGGAGCAGACUGUGGUGGCCGGAGAAGGCAACUCCAUGCUCGUUAUUGGGGCGCGAGGAUGUGGAAAGACUGCGUUGGUUGAGAAUGUCAUCUCCGAGAUUGCCGCUGAGCACAAGGACGAUUUCCAUGUUGUGAGGCUGAAUGGCUUCAUACACACGGAUGAUAAAAUUGCGCUCAAGGAAAUAUGGCGGCAACUAGGAAAGGAGAUGGAGGUUGAGGAUGGGCUUAUUAACAAGACAAACAAUUACGCCGACACGCUCGCUUCGCUUCUCGCUGUUCUGUCUCAUCCUUCUGAAAUCGCAGGAGCAGACCCAGGAGUCACGUCAAAAUCGGUAGUUUUCGUCAUGGACGAGUUUGAUCUUUUUGCAACUCACGCCAGGCAGACACUGCUCUACAACCUCUUUGAUAUUGCACAAGCUCGCAAAGCUCCCAUUGCCGUUGUCGGGCUCACGAGCAAGGUAGACGUGGUGGAGACACUAGAAAAGCGCGUCAAGAGCAGAUUCAGCCAUCGCUACGUUUACUUAUCACUACCCAAGACGCUCGGGGCGUAUUGGGAUAUCUGCAAGCAGAGCCUCAUGGUUGAGCCCGAUGAAGUUAUGCUUGCAGGGCUGAGCGGUCCUUCAGCUGGUCGCAAAGUCUUCAAUGAUUGGUGGAACAAGCAAAUCGAGACGCUCCGUGAGGAACCGAGUUUCCGAGACCAUCUCGAAUUCCACUACUACAGCAGCAAGUCGGUUACAGCAUUCUAUAAUUCAUGCAUAAUUCCGUUGUCGCAGAUUUCGGCUUCGCAGCCGUGGUUGACGAUGCCUUCAGCAGAGGCUGGACUUGCACUGGAGGCACCAGAGUCUAAGAUAGUGCUCCUCGAGUCGCUUUCAGACCUGGAUCUAGCGCUCCUGAUUGCGGCGGCACGGCUGGACAUCGUAGCGCACACCGACACGGUCAACUUUGCCAUGGCGUACGAUGAGUACACAUCCCUUAUGGGACGGCAGCGCGUAAUGUCUGCAACGUCUGGAGUGCUGGCGCUCGGCGGAGGAGCAAGGACUUGGGGAAGAGGCGUGGCCGGUACGGCAUGGGAACACCUCAUCUCUGUGGGGCUGUUGACGCCGGCCUCUGGGGUCGGCAGAGCAAGUGCGGGAAACAUGGGUCUCGAGGCCAAGAUGUGGAAGGUUGAUGUGGCGCUCGAGGAGAUACCGGUAGCUCUCAAGCCCAGCAGCAUCCUCGCCAGGUGGUGCAGGGAGAUAUGAAAUGGUUUUUAAUCGUUGGACUGGGUUACACAUGCGAUAAGAAGCUUGGCGCAAGACCCUGCCCUACGAAGGAAUCGUGGCGAGGGAGCCUAUUUUUUUGCCCCAACAAUCCCUCUUUUUAGCCAGAACCGGCGCGCUGUCAGUGUGUUCAUGUCGUGUCAUCAUCAGUCAACAAGGGCGAAACAGGAACACAAUAGUGCAGUGUGGACAAAGCCUCCACGCUAAUCAAAAUACCGGCAUGACUGCCCGUUUUUGGUGCGGAGAGGCCGGUAGAGAGCUGGAGAGAGGAGACGCCUGUGCGGGCAUCACAGCUGCGCUGCGCUUACCUACAGCUCAAAUCCGCAACACCAGCCAAUCACGACUAGCUCAUAUGUGGCGCUAAACCAAACGCCAAGAGGUGUUCGGCUCACGUGUAGGCCGUUCGUGGGUGGAUAGCCGCAGAUCCGAUGCACAGCAAUCGCGUGGCUAGGCACUUAGUUUGCAUACAUUCGGGCAGGGGUUUUGCGGGCCCCCCUCAGUGGAGGAAGUGGCUUCUUUUUUUUAGAAAGCCCAGCCGUUGGGUAUUCCAUUUAUUUCCACGCAGACGGGCGGUUUGUUUGUGCGCGGUGUGCGGUGCAGUGCAGUGCAGUUGCAGUGCUUAUUACCUAAAGUGCAGUACAAUACCACGUUGAGGUGCCCAAUUAUAAUUACAGUAGACGCUGGCUAUUUGCUAGCGAAGGCUUGG